AUGUCUGCUACGACCGUGUCCACUAGUGAUAUCUCUCUGCAGCCGCUGACGACCCCCUUUAUCCCACCGCCCGGCUGUGGCAACCAAUACAGCACCACGGAUUAUCUGCUCUACUCCAAACAUUCGUAUCAUCUGUCUGUCUCGAAGGAACUUCCGUCUUGCCAACCAUCCGGAUGGGGUGUGAGCCAGAGCUCCCGCUUUGAUUACAGCCCCGCCGUCUGUCCCGCCGGGUGGACGGCAUAUAGCAUCGGGGGGACGGUGUCGUCGGCAAGCCCUAUGACAGCGGCAACACGCAGUGUAACCACCGCCUUUUGCUGCUCCAAGAGGUUCACCCUUUCUACCUUAUACGGCCUGCCAAUCCCCGGCACCUCGCUACCGGCGUGUUUCCAAAGUGUGUCCGCCACCACGGCGUUGCUUCCCCGGCAAACCAUCCCGAGCCCGGUACCGACGGUACGCAUGCAUGAGGCAUGGCACAUCACCUGGGCCUCGACCGAUGUGCCAACCCUUCAUCCCCCACCGCCGGAUAUUGGCGCUUGUACUGCUCUUGCACUGAGCUCCUGGGUUCCGGGCGCCGCGGUGGAAGGCGGACUGGUAUGCGAGUCCUCGAGUGGAGAGCCCCCGGUGCCGACCAACACCAACAACAGCGAGAAUUAUCAUGAUAGGGAGUCUGACACGGCGACAAGGUGGUUUCUCAUUGUUGGACUUCCGAUUAUUGCGGUUUUCGCAGUCGCCGGGUGCUGUAUAUGUGCUUGUUGUCGGCAAAAGAAGCGUAGAAAGAAGAGGCUGGAGCCUUCCAAUCAGCAAGCUUCUUUGGAUUCGCGAGGAUGUCGAGGCUCUCCCUAA